AUGGCAUCUUUGGUGUUCCUUUCUUUCCUCUUCCUAAUUUUCUUCCUCUCCCUCAUACUCUUCCUCUUUUUAAUUGUUCGUCCCCACCCUGUGAAGGUCCCAAUCAAGGGCCGCCAUGUGUUCAUCACCGGAGGUUCUAGUGGCAUUGGGCUCGAGCUGGCCAAACGAGCCACCAUAGAAGGAGCGCGAGUCUCCAUUCUAGCUCGAAGUCAGAAAAAGCUUGAAGACGCGAGGGAUUUAAUCCGUCUAGCCACUGGUAUUGAUGUCUCCAUCUUCAGUGCGGAUGUUUGCGACGUGGAAGCUUUGAGGAAGGCAGUAGAUGAGGCUGGACCUAUCGAUGUUCUGAUUUGCAACCAAGGAUUUUAUGUGGCGCGAGAACUAGAGAAUCUUAAUUUAGAAGAGGUUAAGUUUAUUAUUGAUGUUAAUCUCAUCGGUACAUUUAAUCUUAUCAUGACAGUUUUGCCUGGAAUGAAAGCUCGAAAGGACAAAGGACCGGUCUCAAUUGCAAUUAUGUCGUCACUAGCUGGUCAGAUAGGCAUUUAUGGUUACAGUGCUUAUUCAGCGAGUAAGUUUGGUCUACAAGGAAUGGCAGAAGCAUUACAGCAAGAACUUAUUGCAGAUAACAUUCAUAUAACUCUCAUAUAUCCUCCAUAUACUGAUACACCUGGUUUGGUAGAACAUAAUAAGAUUAGGCCAUCUCUAAAUAAGAUUAUUGGAGCUUCAUUUGGUGUAGUCGAAGCUGGUGAAGUGGCUAAGAUCUCGUUGGAAGGUAUAAAAUCUGCAAAAUUCAGUGUAAUUUGCAGCUUUGAGGGAUGGUUGUUGGGGGUAGGAAGUGCUGGUUUUUCUCCUCAAAGAUCCUAUAUAAUGGCAUUUGUUGAGGUGGCAUUUGCAAGCAUAUUGCGCCUGGUAGGACUGUGCUUUCAGUGGAAAUGGUACCAAACCAUAUUAAAGUGGCAUGCCCAAAAUAAUAACUAUUGAAGAAAAAGUAAGUAACUAACAUGAUAGUGAGAUAUGCCCAAGACAAUAAUUGUAACCUUAUUUCCUUUUAUAUUCAGAUCUUGUAACCGUGAGUGAUAAGAGAAUGAAUAGAGUUAAGGCAAGUGGGGUUAAUAAUACAAUAAAAGAAGAAUACUCCUUGAAUAAUAAUGGGUUAAUUCCUAUACAUGUAGAC